UAUCCUCUCAGCUAAUUCGGUAAUGGUCUUUGCGCCGUGGUAUUUAUCACGAUGUACAAUAAGUGCUGUGUUGAAAACUGUGAGAGUAAACGGCAGGACAACAUAAAGUUGCACCGGUUUCCCACAAAAGAGAUAGGACUGAAAAAGUGGUUAAAUCGUAUAAGAAGUGUCCAACUUUAUAAUCUGAGUCCGAACGACCUUCGUAAGAAGAGGUUUGUGUGCCACAAACACUUCGAACGACGGUUUAUCACGGAUUCAGGUCGCUUACGUAUCGGGUCUUACCCGACGUUAUUUUCUGAAAGUGAGAUCGCAAGUGGCUCACCAUCGGUCUCUGAGGAUAGUGAAGUGGGCACAUGGACUGAUCACUGCUAUACUAAGAAGACUGAACAUGAGGACCAUACCUACAAUAAACCUGCUAUUCAAGCCCCAUCUGAAACCAAUGUACAUCAUGUUCUCAGGGAUGUUGGAAAUCUUCCUGAAGUCCAAGCUGCAGAUUCGGCAGAGAAUGAGGCUGGGCCAUCUCAUAUUUGGAAACAAUUUGUGCAGCUACCACCGGAACUGGUCAAAGGUUAAGAAUUGUACCCGAGUGCUGAGCAAAACUGUGGCAGCCGCCCUGUCAUAUACUUCCCAAUUCUCUCAUUAUUCGGAUGGGAGAGAAGUCAGUGAUACGCUGAAAAAUACAGCGGAGAUCGUAUCAUUUUUUGACGAUCUUUUUGAUUCGUGCAACGGAGCGGCUCUUAGAACCAAGGGAAAAGAUUUAAGAAAAGCGGUUACUAAAAAAUCAAGCCAUCACGCCUUUUGGCAAAAGGCUAUUGACAAACUUAAAGACAUGAAAUUUGUUGACCCGCAUACUGGACAAGUCCCUCGGGUACCUCCGCACACCUUAAAGAAUUGGCUAGUGACUCUUAAAAGUAUGCAAAGGUUGUGGCAAUUUUUUGAGUCUAAAAAUAUUAAAAUCAUGCGCACCAGAUAUUUUAAUUCUGACCCAAUCGAAAACUUUUUUGGGCAAGUACGUGCCUAUAAUUUUAGAAAUAAUGACCCCAAUUGCCACAACUUUACACAGACAUUCAGGUCGCUCCUCAUAACCAGGUUUAUUAAAUUUCAUUCAGAAGGUUUCAACUGUGAGGAGGACUCUGGAUGUCAAAUAAUUAAGAUUAAGCCAUUGUUCGAAAAGACAGAAGUGCCCGAACCCCAAAGAAGUGUCGCUGUGACCGAUAGUGUAUUGGAGGAUUAUAUGAGGCAAGAAAACAUUCAGCUGCAAGCUCGGCGUGAGCGUUUGCAUGUACACUCACGCGCAUACUCCGCGGGAUGGUUGGUUGGGAAAAUAUUAAAAAAGGUAGAUUGUCCAACUUGUCGGGAAAAUUUGACGACCGAGGAAACUUCAAUCCAUCGCUGGAUUAAUCAUAGGGAAUAUAAAAUUGCUAAUAAAAGAUUAAACUACCCCUCGGAGUAUGCGGUGAGACUUUUUGGACUUAUUGUAAAGACGACGAACGAAUACCUGGACAAGGAACCACAUCGAAAUUACAUAAGUCAAAAUAUAAGAAAACUGGUCCUUGACAGCCCGCCCACUGCGGCGCACGGCCUCUUCAGGUUCCAUCGGUGGUGGCUGUUCUCUGAUUUGAGGCUGAACCACAAAAGGGUUAUCAUUCUGAUUCUGUUCAACUAA